UUCAAAUAGUUACUUAAGCCAGUCCUCCAGCUGAGCCACAUGAUCCUGUUCACUGACGCGGACGUCUCGCGCGUGUCCGCUUUGAAGGCACACACCCGCGCGCGCACAGAGAAUGUUUGAUUCUCGUCUGAGUCGGUACAACGUAGCAGCAUCUCAAGGACAGGCAGGUCUCUGCCCAGAAAGCGGACAUGUCUCCCCUGCUGCUAUGGAUGUGAAACUGCUGUGCAGUCUGCAUACGUCCUGUGCAUCUUUAAUGAAAGGAGGUCAGUGAUGACAUCACUCAGAUAUCGCCUGACUGUUCCAAAUUCCUAACCACAUCAUCAUGGCAACGGGAAGAAAAGGCUCCACCUCCAAGGGUGGGGUGCAUUUUCCUGACGAUGAUGAGCCCCCUGGUUCUCCAACACGAAGAGAUGACCAUUCAAACCUUUCAACUCUCAUUGCUAUCCUCGAGAAAGAAGGCAGCUACUUAGUCAAGGCUGGUUUCCUGAAAAGCCAUCACUGUUACGAGAUCAUCUUCACCCUCCCUGAUGUCCCCACAGUAGGAAAAGAGCUCUCCUGUCUUCCUUCCUGCUCUCCAUCUCGGAAACCCCCAAACCUCCGGAUUCAUCGUAUAAACUCAACAUUAGAGGGAGGAGUAAAAGUCCUGUGUGAGUACAGGACACAUCAGGAGGGGGUGCUGCAAGAAGAGUUCACUCUGGCGACCAAAGGGAGGAAGGACAGCAGCCUGAAGGUCAGACUUCAGGCUAGGGUCAUUGACCCACAUCACGGGACUCCCAUGCUGCUGGAGGGGGUAAGGUGCCUGGGGUCCCAGAGAGACGUCCUCACAAGGCACAGCAGCGAGCGUAAGAGGAUAUGAUGAAAAGAUAAUCAGAUGUAAUGUUGAUUGAUAUACUGUAAAUCUGCACCAGUGUUAUUAGUGACUGAGUCUGGGCACAGUGUGGCAGCAUAGAAAAACAAAAAGUGUUUCCAUAAAUAGAAACCUCUGUAUUAGAUGGGGAAAUGUGGAGUCUGUUAUGUUUUGUUUUGCUUUCGUGGCAUACCAAAAUAUUUGUUGGAAAGUAACCAAAUGGAUUGAAUAAUGUCAUAACAGUAGAUUAUUUUCAACAACAAACAAAAACUACUAUUCGCUCAGAAAGAAAGCUGAAAUACCACCAGCUUUUCAGUAAACACAGCCAUGAAGCCUCUGUUGUUGGAGGUACAGUAAAUCAGCACUUAAAAUAGCUCUCACACAUCACACACAAAGAAACACAAAAACACACACCGAGCAAAGUAGAAAUUUGAACCUGCAUCACACAUAUAAUAGACUUUCAGGUCAAUACAUAGAUUUACACAAAACAGCAGCACAACCAAGGAAUGCUUUGUCUUAUACUGUUCCAUGUCCCUCUCCUCUACGCGCACUCAUUAAACCACUGCAAAGUUAUUUACAUCCAAAUAGCACGUCUAUAUAUACUGUACAAUCUACAUAUCUGUAUCUACAGUUUAGGUACUGUAGAGCUGCAUAAUGUUGCAAUAAUUCAUGUUCUUUGCACAAAAUGUCAAUGAUGAAUGUUGCUGACAGAAGCCAGUUGUUCCUUUAACGUUCACUUGUUAACUGCCUGCACUCAGAAAGCUUGAUUUAAUGAAAAAGUCAAAUCUGAACAUACAUUCCCAAAUCCAAAUAAGCUGAGAUGAUGUGUAAAAUGCUGAUAGAAUCCUACUUUAAUGGAGUUUUUUUUUUGGUUAAACCCUAUAUUUAACUGAAAACGGUGCAAAGACAGCAUGUCAAAUGUUGAAUCUGAAAAACGUCUUUGUUUUUUAAAAUAUGUAUUUUGAAUUUGAUGCCAGCAACAUGUUUCAAAGAAGUUGGGACAGGGGCAUGUUUACCUUUGUGUUGCAUCAUCUCAUCUUUUAUCAACACUGUAAAAGUUUGGGAAGCUGUUGAUGUUAGCGUAGCCUAUUCCACAAGUAAUGACAGCUUAUAUCUGCCAAUUAUACAAAAAUGUUAUGUUUUUGUGAGACACUGUUCGUGCUGAAACAGAGAAAGAGAUUGUGAACUUGCAUGAUAUUCAUUGUUUGUCAAGGAGUGUAAUCAAAUGAGCUUUCAUAAUCAGAUAAUUAAGAUCAGGUGUGUGUAUUACUGAAUUUAUAUUGCUACAGAAAAGUGUUGACUGUUUGUAACUUAACUGGAUUUAUUACAUUUUAACUUCAGGAAACAAAGGAAGAUGUAGCCAACAGUGUACAUUACUGAUAAGAGAAGCAGAUCAAGUUCUUUGUUUAUUUUGUAAACUGGAUAUUUGAGCAACACCAAAAUAAUGUGGGUAUUGUUGGUUAGAACAGCAGACUCACGCCAACUACUUAGCAUACAGCAAAUAAAGUCACUGCAACUGUUACAUCAUCAUCUCAUCUAUGUCUCCUUGACUCAAAUGAGCACUAAUCAAGAGCAGAGGGAGGUUUGGUCCAUUAUCUCUUGUCUUAUGUGACCCAUGAGAAAUAAAAGUGGUUCAGUCUCACAAUGAGUAAGCCCUGUGUGAGUGACUCUAAUAUUCCUAAAACCGAAAUCUCAGCUUAUAAAAAAAUCAGAGCAAAUUCUCAUAUUUGUCUUAAUAUGAAAGGUAAGACUCACAGUCUGUCAUGAGCAGAGGAUCACAGGUUCAAAUCCUGGUUGGGACACAAAAUGAUCCAGUAACACCUCCAAAGAACAAACAGACAAACUGUUUACGAUAAACUGAAUGAAUACUUUUUGUGUUGCUUUAAACUUUGUGAUUUGUGUGACCUCUGGAUCCGUGUCCCUCAGGACUGCAUUAUUUGUCAUUGAUCUGAAUGUAAAUAAAGAACCCACGCAUCUCUAUGCUGUACAAGUGGAA